AACAAUUUUUUAUGAUUGUCGAAAACAUAAGUCGAUUUGAUUUUUACUGCAAAUGCAAGCCCGUGCGAAUCCCCUAUUUUCAUUUCACAACGAAAAUAUGACAAAGCAACAGAUGUUUUUAUGCAGUCGAUAGUCUUUUAACUCCUCACUAGUCUUAAUAAUAAAACAAAUACUAAUCAAGCUAGGACGAUGUCAACAAUUACUGAAAUACCGGUACAUUUGCCAAAGCUAUUGGCAUUGUUCAAAACAGUAGUGCCGAAGUUGACUAACAACAAGCACAAAGGGCAGUAUGGACGAAUAGGCGUAAUCGGUGGGUCUUUGGAAUAUACUGGUGCACCGUACUUCGCAGCCAUCACAUCGAUAAGAGUUGGGGCUGAUUUGGGGCAUGUGUUCUGUCAUUCAAAUGCAUCCGCGAUUAUCAAGUCUUAUAGUCCUGAUCUUAUCGUACAUCCAGUACUGGAUUCCAUAGACGCAGUAGAGAAAAUCACACCGUGGUUGGAACGACUUCAUGUAGUUGUCAUUGGUCCUGGAUUGGGUCGGGAGCCGAGUAUCUUGAAAACUGCUUCUAACAUUCUGAAACUCUGUUUGAAUGUUCAAAAACCAGUUGUUAUAGACGCCGAUGGAUUGUUUCUUCUUAACGAUAACUUAGAGCUGAUCUGUGGACAGCGAAAUGUUCUAUUGACGCCAAAUGUAAUGGAAUUCCGUAGACUAUUUGGAGAAGAUAAUGAUGCUGCUCGUCAAAAGAUGUCUCUUCUUGGAGAUGGAGUUGUGGUUCUUGAAAAGGGAGCUAAUGACAAGGUUCAUAUUCCCCAAAGGAACGAAGUCCACAUAAUGCCAAUUGAUGGUUCCGGUCGUAGAUGCGGAGGUCAGGGCGAUUUGCUCAGCGGAUCUUUGGCAACUUUUUAUUAUUGGUCCUUGCAGUCAAAUGAACCAAAUCCUGCGCUCAUUGCCGCAUGUGCUUCAAGCUAUUUUGUGAAAAGACUAAACUCAGCUGCAUUUCAAAAGUUUGGUCGUAGCUUGCUAGCAAGUGAUAUGGUAAAUGAAAUAGCCUCUACAUUUCAAGCUGAUUUUGAAAAUAGCGACUGUUAAUAAGUCUGAACAAGUGUCCGAAAUAGACUAUAAACUAACAAAAAUAUUUUGUAUUUUUGUAAACUUUUUUACGGACCUUUAAAUACAACAUAAUCAUAUAUCAGCCGAAGCCAGGAUUUAAAAGCAGGCUUACAUUUUGAACAUUACAUUUUUGGCCAUUCAAAUUUUCUCCAAUCGAGAUAACUUAAAAAUAUGAAAUUAUUUAUUUGAUGCCCCAAAAAUAAGAAAUAUAUAUAUGCAUUAUUUCCAAAUAACCUAAUAUACAGCUAAAGCUGUUUUAAACAAUUUAAUUUAAAUUCGUUACCGCCACUUAAAAGCAUGUGCUUUCACACCUGUUAUUCUAUUAAUUUAAAAAAGCUGUUAGUACCUUUGUUACAAGUUUUUUAUAACCGGUUAAAGUGCUUGUUUUUUGUUGUUUCGUUAAAAAAAAUAAUUUGGUUAUGGUCUCGAUUUGGAUUACUGCUUAAAAAAAACAGUUGAUAAUCCGAUACUGAUAAGAAUUUAUUGUUCUUAUCCAGUUUAAUUUUAAUUAAAUUAAACAUUUUUAAGUACUUUUCACUGGAAUGGCUA